AUGGCGAUGUAUGGUAUGAAGAUCAAGCUCCGUCCGUUUUCAUUGUAUAAUACUUCUUCUUGCGCGGUCGGUGAUGCUGUUCGUGCAGGAGAGACCAUUUACGAUCUCGGGCUAACAGUUCCUACGGAUCGUAUCUGGCUCUUUCGCCACUCACUACCGAAUUUCGGUACUGUACAAUUUGCUACCUCGUUCAAAGAUCGUGAAGCAGACAUGCCCUUGAUCGACAUCGAGCAUACCUUCUAUCUGAGGUUGCGUCAUGUGAUCAAGGCUCAUGCCAGGGUGCGUUCUAUGUUGAAGACUUUGGUAGCGUACAUUGUUGAGAACUUCUCUGACAUGGUUUGGGAUGCUUGUGCGACUCACAUUAUACGCUCUCUAGCUCUAACUCUGGCUGGGUAUAUUCAGCCAUCUACGAGUUCCAAUAAGAAGAAAAAGAAGAGGCAACAACAACAGAAUGCUGCGGCUAGCGGUCGGGACACGGCACUCACUUUGCCGGCUCACAAACUCGAGAAAUCUGUUCCCUCCUACUGCUCCAAACUGCUCGCCAAGCUUUGUGGCUGCCUAUCGGGGUCCGAUACUGCUGACGAUGAGUCCCAGCAACAGCAGCAACUAUGUGAGCUCUGUGAGCAUCCUUCCUCUUCUGUUACUAUACAGCUUCUAGUGACGGUUGGCUCUCCUGAUGAAAGUGUCUUCAAGCAAAUACUUGGUGACUCCGACUCGAUACGGCAUCUGAUGCAAUCCGGACCGGGCUCGCGCUCAUUGGAGGUAUUUAUAUCUCGCUGUUCGAGUGAGCAGCCAGAAGUCUUCCACUCGGGUGUUAUGGGCUUUGUGAAACUCCUCACUGAAGAAGAUAUGACCAGCCUAUACGAGGGCGGUUUUGGACUUUACGUCCUGCAGGCGAUCCUGGCUGAUGCCAAGAGGUCGGAAGAAGAAUCAUCUGUCGUUGGAUACUGCACUGAUCGGGCUGGCGGGAGGCUCAUCGAGAGUUUUAUUGAUGAUUCCAACUCCCCUAUACCUCAAGGGCAGCGGAUGCAGUUCAUCCGUGCGUUGGUGAAGCACGAGGGUUUGAUCGAGAAGCUUGCCACACAGCCCUCUGCAGGGUCUUGGGUCUUGGCUAAGAUGUGGGAGAGCUCGAUCGCCGAUGCGGCAUUGCGCAAGACAAUGGCUGAACGCUUGGUGAAGAUCGAGGAGGAUAUCAAGGAAAAGAACAUGGUCCUGUGGAAACGACUCGGGCUCCAUGAGUUCAAGGUGGCCAAUGAGGAAUGGGAAGAGAAAAUGCAGAAACAAUCGCAAGCCAGAGAACUCUUUGAUGACAUUCUCAAUUUGGAUACUUCAACUGCUGGGGUUGAGAGGAGCCACAAGAAACGAAAGGUCAAUGAGCAGAGUGAUGAUGAUGAGGAAGAAGAGGACCAGGAAGCUGCAGAGAAAUCGAAGACCACCAAGGAGGAGAAAGAUACUGCUGACCUUACGGAUGCCUUGGCGUUGUUGGGCAAGAAGAGGAAGACUGGGAGGUCCAAGGCACCAAAGAAGAAGAAGAGUAGACGACAAGAAUGA